CUGCAAGUCAAGUCCGCCUGGCUCCGAGUCACGUGUCAGUGCCCGAGGCAGAGACUGAGAAAAAAACGCGCUCCAUUCCUUCUUUCACCGCCAUACUGUAUUUUCCUAAAUCUCAUUUUUAUUCCAACAUUUUACUCCCGCUCGGAUUAAAACAAGGUGAGCCAACCAUGACGGGCAAAACACAGACCAGCAACGUCACCAAUAAGAAUGACCCCAAGUCCAUCAACUCCAGGGUUUUCAUUGGCAAUUUAAAUACAGCCAUUGUCAAAAAGGUCGACAUUGAAGCUAUUUUUUCAAAGUAUGGGAAGAUCGUGGGCUGCUCCGUUCACAAAGGGUAUGCCUUUGUCCAGUACAUGAGUGAACGUCAUGCAAGAGCUGCAGUGGCUGGAGAAAAUGCCAGGGUCAUCGCAGGCCAACCUCUUGAUAUUAACAUGGCAGGGGAACCCAAACCAUACAGACCAAAACCUGGAAACAAGAGGCCACUGUCUGCUCUUUAUAGGAUUGAAUCAAAGGAGCCAUUCCUGUCUGUUGGUGGUUAUGUCUUUGACUACGAUUACUACAGAGAUGAUUUCUACAAUCGGCUGUUUGAUUACCAUGGGCGUGUUCCUCCCCCUCCCCGAGCUGUCAUCCCACUGAAGCGUCCCAGAGUGGCUGUCACCACCACACGCAGAGGAAAAGGCGUGUUUUCCACGAAAGGGGCGUCCAGAUCUACUGUUGGCGGGUCAUCUUCAUCAGGCUCCAAAUUGAAAUCAGAUGAGUUACAGACAAUCAAGAAAGAAUUAACCCAGAUCAAAACUAAAAUUGACUCCUUGCUAGGGCGCCUGGAGAAGAUUGAGAAGCAACAGAAGGCAGAGGCAGAAGCUCAGAAGAAGCAAUUGGAGGAGAGUAUAGAGCUGAUCCAAGACGAAUGUGUGUCAGAGAAUGCAGACCACUCCACAGAGGAGCCUGCUGAAGGAGGGCAAGAAGCGGAUGGAGGAGAAAUGACUGAUGGGGUAGAGGAGGACUUCGAUGAAGAUGGGGGUCACGAGCUGUUUCUACAGAUAAAGUGAUCUGAAGUUGUAUACAAUAUUAUAAGAGAAGAAAAGGAAACUGUGACAUGCGGAGAAUGUGAAAGGUGGUUUCAUUUUGAAUAGCAGCACUCUCCAAUUCAAUUUAUACAAAAGACCCAGUCAUAGGGACAGUAUUGUUCACUUCUAGACAUACCAUUCUUCUGUGUUACAAGCUGUAUAAUUGUUGUUUUAUUGUUUACAUUGUAAAUGUGUUUUCCCUCUGGCUAGUUAUGUUUUUUAAGUCUUAAAGUGUGAAGGACAUUAAUGAAUGGUGAGAGAGAGACACUGUAUACAAAUGUAUAUUUGUAAAAGCUAUUUUUAUGAUUAGCAUGUGUCAUUGUUGGUCACAUAGUCUCAUGGUAUUGCAACCCUACAUUUAAAGCUUGUUUCCCAUGAUGUCAUAUGCAGAAUUUACAUUGUAUGCUAGUUUUUAAAAUUUAUUUUCAA